CUAUAAAGCCGGCUGGGGCACUGCCGGGCACCUCUCCCCUGGACUGUGAACUGCUGGCUCUCUGCUCGCGCCUCUGAAAAUGCAGCGGCUGCUGACUCCCGCCAAGCGGGUCUUGCAACUGAAGAGGGUGCUCCAGGGAGCACCUGCCAUGCUUACCCGCCUUCUCCCCGCCGCCCACCGCAGGUUUUCUACAGUCCCUGCUGUCCCCUUGGCCAAAACGGGUACUUGGCCGAAGGACGUGGGCAUCCUGGCCCUGGAGGUGUAUUUCCCAGCCCAGUACGUGGACCAAACAGACCUGGAGAAGUACAACAAUGUGGAAGCAGGGCGGUACACGGUGGGCCUGGGCCAAACCCGCAUGGGCUUCUGCUCCGUCAAGGAGGACAUCAACUCCCUGUGCCUGACGGUGGUGCAGCAGCUGAUGGAGCGCACGAAGCUCCCCUGGGACGCGGUGGGCCGGCUGGAAGUGGGCACCGAGACCAUCAUCGACAAGUCCAAGGCUGUCAAAACAGUGCUCAUGGAGCUCUUCCAGGACUCGGGCAACACGGACAUCGAGGGCAUCGACACCACCAAUGCCUGCUACGGGGGCACGGCCUCCCUCUUCAAUGCGGCCAACUGGAUGGAGUCCAGCUCCUGGGAUGGUCGCUAUGCAAUGGUGGUCUGUGGAGACAUCGCAGUGUAUCCCAGCGGCAACGCUCGCCCCACAGGGGGCGCCGGAGCCGUGGCGAUGCUGAUUGGGCCCGAGGCCCCCCUGGUCCUUGAGAGAGCUGGCAUCGACCGAACCUUCACUCUGGAUGACUUACAGUUCAUGAUCUUCCACUCACCCUUCUGCAAGUUGGUCCAGAAAUCGCUGGCUCGCCUGAUGUACAAUGACUUCCUAUCGGCUGGCAGCGACUCUCAGAGCAGCCGCUACAAGGGGCUGGAGGCCUUCCGGGGGCUAAAGCUGGAAGACACCUACACCAACAAGGACAUGGACAAAGCUCUCCUGAAGGCCUCUCUGGACAUGUUCAACAAGAAAACCAAGGCCUCUCUUUACCUCUCCACGCACAAUGGGAACACGUACACCUCCUCCCUGUAUGGGUGCCUGGCCUCACUUCUGUCCCAUCACUCUGCCCAAGAGCUGGCCGGCUCCAGGAUCGGCGCCUUCUCCUACGGCUCAGGCCUGGCAGCAAGUUUCUUCUCAUUUCGCGCGUCCCAGGAUGCUUCUCCGGGCUCCCCCCUGGCAAACCUGGUUUCUAGUCUGUCCAACCUGCCAAAACGCCUGGACUCCCGGAAGCGCAUGUCUCCUGAGGAGUUCACAGAAAUAAUGGACCAAAGAGAACAAUUCUUCCACAAGGUGAAUUUCUCACCCCCUGCUGACACCACCAGCCUUUUCCCAGGCACCUGGUACCUGGAGAGAGUGGAUGAGCUGCAUCGCCGAAAGUACGCCCGGUGUCCGGUCUGAAGGUGCUCCACGGAGCGGCCCUGGGAAAAGUAUGCUAGCACAGCUUUUGCCCACGAAUCAUAUACAAACAAACCACCACCCACCCACUCUUAGCUGGUAAACAGAAUGGAUUGGACACGCUGUCCCCGUCAGCCCGGGCCCUGUGGAGUGACAGCCCCCCUCCGGGGCCCGCAUGCCUUCUCCUGCUGCAUCACUGCCAGGCGCCGUGCGCUGUGGGCCAGGGCCCUUCGUGGAGAUGGAGGGAGGCCUAGCCCGGACCUCCCGCAGCGUGGCAGAUCCUUGUCUCCAGAUCCCGACGACUCGUCUAUCGUUUGUUAUAGCUGUUUGUAUUGUUAUUAUUAUUACGUUCCUGUGCUGUUAUAUCUUUAUUCUUUCUUUGGGUUUUCUGUGAAUUUCUCAAUUUUAUACCUGGUACUCAGCUGAUAUAGCGCCAUUAAAAAGAUAGAGACAUGGGCGGGGGGAAGGGAGAGGGGGAAGGGGACGAUGGUGUGGUGCUGGACAAUAGCUAGACUGGGGGGUGAUGACUUUGUGGUGUAUACAGUUGUCGAAUUCCAAUGCUGUACACCUGAAAUGUAUAUAAUCACUUAACAAAAGUUAAAGGCAAGAGAGGCAACCAGGCCCCAGAAGUCACAAACAAGAAAAUAAAAUUAAAUAUUCAU